UUCCGCCUUUCCUUCUCGUUUUCCCGAGCUGAAGGUUUGCGGUAGGGUUCUUCUACUUAUUCGUCGUCGUCGUCUGGUGGAGAACGUUUCGUGCGGUGAACGCUUGGUUCUUGAUACGGGGAUGGCGGAGGAGAACGGCGGCGUGGGUGGCCGGCGGGGGGUGGGAUGCGAGUACUGCGGGGACGCGGCGGCGACGCUCUUCUGCCGCGCGGACGCCGCCCGGCUCUGCGUCGCGUGCGACCGCCACGUACACGCGGCGAACGCGCUGUCCCAGAAGCACGUGCGGUCCCCGAUCUGCGACAACUGCGGGUCGCAGCCAGCCGCGGCCCGCUGCGCCGCCGACGGCCUCGCCCUCUGCGCCGACUGUGACUGGGACUCCCACGGUGGCGGCGGAGAUGGAGGUGGUGGAGGCCACCAGCACCACCACACGAGGGUCCCCAUCGACGGCUUCUCGGGCUGCCCCACCGCCCUCGAGCUCGCCGCCUCCUGGGGCCUCGAUCUCUCCGUGAAGGAGGCGAGCCAUCCCCCUCCUCUAAACCCGAUGCCGGACCAGUUGUUCUCCAAUUGGUCGACCAUGGAUUCAACCCUGGACGUAGAUCCAUUGUUCCGAGACCUCUACGUGCCCUGCGCACCUAAAAUCUCCAGCAUGGUCAGGCGGCAGAAGAACCCUCAGAGCAAGCAUCCGCUGUUCCAGCAGCUAAUGGAGCUCGCCAAAACGGAGCUGACGGCGUCGACUGCAUGCGAUCUCAGCCCGAGCACGCCGUGUCAGACCGGCAGAGGCCACGAGGAGCUCCGGGAAUCGCAGCCGAUGCCAUACACCUCCUUGCUCAUGUUGGCACCGACCGAGCUGAAGGGGACCGAUCGUCUUGUUGAGGAGGAGGAUCUGCUGUGGGACUGCGGCCCUCCGGAACAACCUGCUCAGAUAUGGGAUUUUAAUCUUGGAAGAUUUAGAGACCAGAAGGAAUCUUAUGCACUUGAAUUUGCAUAUGGUACAAACAAUGAGGGAUUUAUGAUCAAGAGUUACAAUGACCUUCUCAAGGAAAAUCCUUUUGCAACUACAAAAGUAUUGGAAGACAUAGGUGAUGCAAAUUGUCCUUCAAACGAUGAUUUCUUGUCGCCUAAUGUCCGCCAUAUGCAGUCUCAAACUCUGAGCACUAUAAACACUACUGCCAAGUGGAAGCACAGUUCAAACUACCCGGCAGAUAAGGGACCAACAGCCACUGGAAAUAACAUGUCGACCAUGAUAAGGCCUUUGGUUGCUUCAUCACAUGAGCAUGGAUCCGCCGGUGGCGCCAAACAAAUUUCAUUUGGAGAACCCCUAAUUGGAAAUGAGGUGGUCAAAGAAAUAAAGAAGCUUGACAAUGAGCUGCUAGUCAAAAACAGGGGCGACGCAAUGUUGCGGUAUAAGGAGAAAAGAAAAACUCGCAGCUACGAUAAACGCAUUCGGUACGAGUCCAGGAAAGCAAGGGCUGACACCAGGAAGCGAGUCAAGGGUCGCUUUGUCAAAUCCACAGAGGCACUAGAUGUUGGCAAUGGUGGUUGAAUGAUGGUAAGAAGUUAGCUGUAAAUACCAGUUGUCAUUUCAACAUCUUCCGGGAGGAAUUUAAGAAAUGAGCGGUGUUUCCAUUUGCUGAUCA